ACAUUCAUUUUUACUACCAGACCAACCAGGUUCUGGCUCUAUGAGUUUUGUUUAUUAGUUUUUUUAGAUAACUUAAAUGACCAAAUAGUAUGAGGGGACACAAGAAAAGAUUACAGUAUUGUACAAGACAUCUUUUUUAUUAGUAGUCCCCUUUAAGAAUCAGAACAAGACUGACGGUCUAUUCCUCUAAAGAAUCUCUUUUUUGUUGUCCUGCUCUAAAUCUUUGUUGAGAGAAUGCACAAUUUAUAAUUUGAAUUGUUCUGAAAACCACUGUUUUGAUUAAUGUUAAAUGGAACCAAAGGGGCUUUUAUUCUGAUAUUUGCAUAUCUGCUUUCAUUUUUCAACCUUAACUCUGAUUUAGCAAUUUAUUAAAGCCUUAGAAAAAAUCUUAAUUAUUGUUGGAAAGCAUAUGUACCUAAUCGAAACUAUCGUAACUAACUUUGUAAUACAAAACUAUUUAGAUAUGAAAAUUGACGUAUGGAACACAUAAGCCUAGAAAGUCAAAUAUAAAGCACCAACGAAAAGAAGUCCAACUCUAUGUUUUUAGAAUCUUAGUUUAAAUAACUUUCACUUCUGCACUAAGGUAUUAAUCAGCAUAACAGUAGACAAAUAUUUGUGUUCUAAAAUAGAACCCAAAACAUAGAGUCUCGUUCAAUUAAUCAAGUUUAUAGCUAUCAGUGCCAGUAAUUUUACGCCUGCAUAUUAGCUAUAGUAUCAUUCUUGGUAACAAUGCCGCAUAUCCUUGGUUCAAAUAAAAUAUAUUUUUUGUUGUCUGUUCUAUUAUUAAUAUCUUCUGGACUAGCAAAUGAUAACUCUGAUAAUGUCCUGGAUGAACGAAACUGUCCGAAAAACCAGUUUAUUAGUUUACCAUUCUGGGUUGAAAAACUUGAUCCGACAAUUUUUGACAUCAUUACAGAACUCCUUCCAGAAGGUCAAGCCUGUGCUAGUAACUUGUUAACUAAGAGUCAACAUUUUACAUUUAAUGAGGAUAACACUUAUAUGAAUGUAACUUAUAUUUUUAGCAAUACUUCUUCAAGAAACCUUUUUGGAUAUUUUAUUUACAAUCGCUCCGGAGAUAGAACACUGCAGAAACAUGUAAUAUGGCCUUAUCUUCCCAACCAAAAAGAUGAAAAUUUAAACUGUGUUUCUCUGGGUGAUUCUGUAACUAUUGGUCCAUUUAACAAAACUGACAGUGUUGGAUUUUGGUUUCAGCAUAUCUAUCAGACAAUUAAUAACUCUUAUUAUUCUUUUUUGGAUCCACCAUACAUCACUAAUCCUGAUGAUUCCGUACAUUUGGUGUGGGCCCGUUUAGAACACGUGAAUUUAACACUCUUUGGAUUUGAGGAUGCACAUUUAUUGGGUGAUCACGACUAUAAUGAUAUUAUAUGGACGGUGGAGACCACGCCUUCCACUGAGAUGAUUGGCAUUAAUAUCUGUGGCAGAGAUUGUCUAGCUGUCUGUAGAGAUAUUGGUCAAAUUCUUUAUUCGAGUUAUGUUACAUAUAAAAAUUACGUAUGGGGGCUUUUAGAUUAUGGCAAAUCAGAAAUCUCGAGCUAUAUCUUAAUACCUAAUGGUUGGAAAAUUGCUUCAAAAUCUGAUAUGACAGAUGAGCUCAUAAAAAAUUAUGGUCAUUUAUGGACCUACUUUCAUCCGGAUCCUUGCAUUGCUAUAGCAGAUUCUGGCACUCUACGUGGUUAUACCAUAAAUAAUACCCUGUGCGAUUCUGAUUCCUUUGAAGCUAUUAACAAGUACCAUCCAGAUUGUUAUACAACAAAUUAUCAAACACGUAUAUUACUUUAUAAGCCGGCAUCCGGUUUAGAGUUCGUAUUGAACGUACCUUGUGAAAAAAACACCACGAAAUUUGUUCAAAAGAUUCCAGAGCUAUUUGCAGAUCGUCUGCUUAACCCAGUAUAUUAUGAUGUUAAGAUAUUCUCGUUUGACAAUGUCAUUUUGAAGAGUAGCUUCCUCCCUUAUAAUUUUGGAUCAUUAGUUGCAGAUAUCAUUUUCUUAGUCGACACCGUAAAUAUCGACUACAAAGAUAAAUUAGAAAUCAAAAAAUCUGCAUCUUUCGUUAUUGAUUUAUUCGAGUCAAAUGGAUUUCUUCGUAGUGACAUAGUAUCUGGUAUUAAAAUAAGUUUUGCUUAUUACACUGGUGAAUCGAACGGCGAUAGAGCGUGCGAUAUUAAAUCAGAAUAUAAAAUGCAUUUAACUCAAGAUAACGUUGAUAAGCAAUUAGAAGUAUUAGAUCAUAUUAAUCCUAUCAAACAGGAAGAACCUACGGAUAUCAUUUGUGCCGUUGUAAACACACUUCAAAAUGUCUACUCAGCUGGAUAUGGUUUCAAAAUUGUUGUUAUUUUAACCAGCAACAGCUUUAGAUCCGAUGUCAAUCUUGUUGAGGUACAACGUAAUUCCAAUUACGCUAUUCUGAUAUUUAAUCCUUCAGCAGAACCCAAUUCUUCAUGGAUAGAACUUGCAGCUACCAUUGUUAAACCUCUUUACCUAGGCGCAGUUGCCUUCAGAAAAGAAAAAGACUAUACAGAAUCGAUUUGGGAGAAUGUAUUUCUACAUACUAUUGAUCCAGUAAUAGCCGUGAUGACGAGGAUUGUUCCUUUUUCUACAUCCGAACAUAUCCAAAUAUUAAGUGAAGUAUCACAUGUCGAUCUGAAAAACCCAGCUCCCUACGAUCUUGAAUACUCGGUUUCUAUACCAUCUGAUAUUGAAUACUACAAUGCUGAAGUAAUGGUUGCAGGAUAUGGUAAGACUAGUGUUCACAUCUCUAAAAUUCCACUACCUGUUGCUGAGUCAUUUUCCCUUAGGGGCUAUAUUUUCAGUUCUAUUGAAUUUGCUAUUCGAAACCCCGAGCCACUAGCUGAUGCCAGUAUCUAUAAAAUUUUUACUCUUCCUGAUCCUGAGUGCUGUACGCUUAACUUCAACAAUGAGCCUAUUGAAAGAGGAGCCGAAUUCGAACUCAAUACAACACUUUCUAUCAUCUCUAAAGGCACCGUCUGUAAAACAUAUUUCAACUAUAGUUUUUUUAACAACUGCACUUUUGGAAAUAUAGCUAUGGUCAAUAUUGAAUACUACAAACCUGAUUUAACUAUUAAAGCCCAUGAUCUCAUACAAAAAAUAAGACUAAGUUCAUUCAAUCCUGAAAAUAACACAAUCUAUCUUAAGUUAGAAGAUUAUCUUGAUAUAGAUUUUCAUGAUGUAAACCAAGAAAUUAGUCCUAUCAGGAUUAAUAUUACUGUACCUCCUAAUUUUUCAGAAUGUGGGGAGUUGUUCGAUUCAUCAUCAUUAAAGACACAUUUCACUGGUGGCAUUGUUCAAGACAGAAUUCUAUUCAUACCGAAUAAACAAUUCGGAAAGCACGAAUGCAGUUUCGAAUAUCAAGCCUUGCAUCUAUUUAAUGAAUCCAAUAAGGCUAGCGUCACAUUUGAAGUUAGUUGUGCUGCGUUUCCUCCGGUUAUUGAAAUCGCUAAUACUCAUCUCCACAAGAUAUCAACAGACUCUGUUGAAAUUCCAAUAUCUAUAACUGAUGAUGAUGGGUUAUAUAUGGACGAAUACGUCGAUCUUUUCGCUUCAAGUGAAAAUGCAAUGUCCCAGCUCAUAUAUUACAAACAGGAGACUGACACAUUCCCGAGUGGUAAAUUGAUUAGUGGUAUACAAAUUCCUGAAAAUGGUAUUAAAUUGAAUCUUACCUGGGCAAGUAAAGAAGAAGAAUAUGAAGAAGUGGAGUUUACUAUUUAUGCUGUCGAUACUGAUAGAUUAAAGUCCAAUACAAUAACUUUACACCUGAUCGCACAUCCUAGGUCUGAUCCUGUUAUUGAUUUCUACCCUAAAUAUAAUCAAAUUACUAGCAUAGGAACGCCGUAUUUAUUAACAUUUGGUGCUACUAGUGUAUAUGACUUAGAAAGCUUGGAAUUUAAAUUGCCCCAACUGCCUGAUACCGGAGAGGUAAGAUUUUAUGAGACUGGUGUUGAGAUCGAGGCUAAUAAGUAUUAUGGGAAAGAAACAAGUUUAUCGUAUAUCUCAGGUUCGAAUCCACCCCGUUUGAUGAUUGAUAUCUCGUACACUCCAACCGUAUGUUGCAAAGAAGAGAGCAUUUCUUUAGUGGCCCGUGAUAUACAUGGUUUUGAAUCUGCUCAAAUUAACUCGACUCUUAAAUAUAUAGAACCGAUGCAAGCUGUAUUUACUGCUGAAUCAACGUCUCGUAUUUUCAGUCUUGCUAAUGAUCAUUCUUCCACGAUUGAUAUUCCUAUAAAAAUAAAUAAUCAAUUAGAUUGUGACAACAUAGUAAUGAGGCUUAUCGAUAUUAAAACAAAUUGUUUCGUUUAUGCAAAUAAUGGAUCCAUGUACCUUAAAAAUUAUACUCAUAAUAAUGAACUUGGCCCAUUGGAAUUAACUUGCAAUCCGAAUACGAAAGCUGUCACGUUAGACAUAUUAUGCCAUGUUCCAUUGGACGUUACAUUUGGCACUACUGGACACAUCAUAUAUACCUUAUGCUCUGAGGAUGGGACAUGCACAAAGGAUAUUGUAACGAGCGUUGAAGUCUCGAGUUUUGUGGGCUACGAAAACAUAAGUGCUACAGUUAUGCAGAAUGAAGUAGCAGAAAUAUAUCUCCCUAUAUAUGGAAAAUGUGAGGGUAUUCCAGCUAAUCAAAAAGAGACAGUCUACGUUGUAUCUGCAAGCGAUAAUUUAUUUUUUACUGACACAACCUUGACUCAACCGAUAACCAAUACUGAUCACCAAAUCAUCAAAUAUCCGUUCGUUGUUUAUUUUUCAAGUUUGAAGAGCAAUACAGAAAACGCAAGCAUAUCAACUGCUGAGUUGAUUUACACUUAUACCUAUACAACAAUCACUGAAUCUUUUAUUUCUCCCAAUUUUCAUUUCAAAAUGCCUAUAAAAGAAAAAGAAGACCCAAAUUUUGAAGUAAAAGAUGGUAUUAGAAUAUUUACGCCUAAACUAGACAAAUAUGAAACGAAAAACAUUAGCCUAAAUAUUUCAGCUAUUAAUUACUUUGACUUGAGCAAUAUAUUGGGCAUCAAUUCUUAUUCAGACCAAGUUUACAUAAAAAUUGUAUCUCUACCAUUCUUCGGUAGGCUAUGUACCUGUGUUUACAAACUUACCUGCAAUGAUCCGUUGAAACCCAAAGAAAUCCCAUAUAUUAUAAUAGGCACUCCAACUUAUUUAAGAUAUGAUUUUAUCCCUUACUCAACUACAGACUCAGACUCUUUCGAACUGGUAACCUAUACAUACGAUGGCGAAAUAGACGCCUUUAUUAAUGUGAGUUUUAAUUUAGAUUUCAUGUAUGUAGUACCUAAAAUCUCAAGCAUAAUUUCUUCUAUAAAAGAGACUCCAUUCAAUCGAUACACUGUCCCUGUAGGGUCGAAUAUCACAUUUGAUUGGACCGUCAUCAAUCCAACUUCUCAGAUCUUCGACUGUACUACUCAGAUUUCGUUGCGCGUUUAUUCUAUGGGCGCUUGGAAGCUCUACCACUGCUACUACGACUCUAAUCUCAGAGAAGACUGCAAUUUUAAAGAAAUAUCUAAUGAAAAACAAUUAAGUUUGAGUUCAGAAAUUCUGGUUAAACCCAGCUAUGGUUUUGAGGACCACCGAGCUUCUGACGUGAAAUUAAAUUGGUGGGAAGCUCAGAAUAAUAUGAGUCAACAAAGAAUUCAUAUUCCUGGGUUCCGUAUCAGAUUGUUUAAUCAAGCUAGUAAUAAGAAUGGGAUAUUCAUGAAAAUAUCCUUGCAAGCUAAGAACACAUAUAACCAGUCCAAAAAAACAGAUCUAUUCAUUCUGUCCACAGAUAUAGAUAGUUCAAUCACUACCUAGCCCCUUAGUUAUUGAAAGAAAAUAGAUAGCUUUCUUUAAUUUAAGUUUUAAUAAAUAGCCUAUUAAAUGGUUUUUUGUACAAAUACAA